AUGUCAAAUUAUCCGGAAAAAAAUUACCUUCAGAAAGUUUCCGGAAACACCACUAAGGGAGCGCCAGGAAGUGCUUGUCCAAAUGGGCCGAAUCCUGUCGGUUUGUGUAAAGCAUUAAAUAUGGGAGAGAAUGGAGAUGGAGAAGACAAAGGAUCGAAUCAAUCGUCUCUCAUUGCUUUACUCCUGAUUGUGCUUCUUAUUUGA